GCUUCUGAUCCAGUCAGUAAUGGUGGUCAGGCAAUGUGAUUGAGAAGGUUGUGCGUUUUGAUAAUAAUACAGCACGUUUGUCUGAAAGUUAGAUUUUUGUCGCCACAGCAAAUUUUAGCAGCUAGCUUGGAUGGCGUCCAUGUUAACACAUAGUACAGUGCAACCACAGGUUGUUGCAGCACUCUCUCAGCUAUCCUCGCUAUUCAGUGGAGUACGAACACUUCACACUUCUGUGAGAGCACGCCACCAGAAGAAAGAGAGAGAAAUAUCUUCAGCAUGUGCAGUUUCGCCGGUCAGCAAACCACCAGCAUUCCCAAGUUCAGAGGUGAAGGGUGUGCCCAGUACAGUAGACCUGACUGACCUGCCUCGUGAUGUGGACAGUGGCGUCCUCAGUCCACUCCUGGCUAUCGUCAAGCAGCAGGAUGCUUCCCACAGCCACUGGCAGGAAUCUCAUGUGUCAGCCCAGACAUUCUUCGAAAAUAAAACAGGGUUCCCAGAAGGUCAUUUGCAGUCGACUGUACCAACAUUUCUUCAGAUUAUGGGAGACAAGGGUUUCCAGAGCUUCCUAGGAGGAGCUUUCACACCAUGUGUGCAACAGACCAGAGGUUUCAAGACAAAGCGGUCACAGUCUGGGUCGGGGCUAGGGAGAGACAAGAAAAUGUCUUUCCUGGAUGAACUUCGACAUUCAGUACAAUCAAAGCUGUUCCCUGAUGCAUACAAGAAGGAGAUGGGGAAGUUCCAGAAUAUAGUCAAAGCCCAUGAGAGUAAUCCCGAGUUUCAGGACAGACUCAAAGUGGCUUUUGCUGAAGGCUACCAUGCCAACUCUAAGCAAGAAUCACCUGACACCAAGAACUCAAUGCUAAAUCGAACACUGCGUUUCCUCUUCUACAUGUGUAUGCUGUGGCUGCUAGUGCAAGUCGUACAGGUCUUCACUGCCGUGGGAGGAAGUCGAUCAGCUGGAGUGCGUGGGCUCGGCGUUUUGACAAAGGAUCAGUUUGAGGUCAACCCAGAGGAGGUCAAUGUCACAUUUGACGAUGUGAAAGGGGCCGAUGAGGCUAAGACAGAGCUGAUGGACGUGGUGGAUUAUCUGAAGGACCCGGAGAAGUACCAGUCACUGGGAGCUAAGUUACCCAAAGGUGUUCUGUUGGUGGGACAACCCGGCAUCGGCAAGACAUUGCUGGCCAGAGCUGUGGCAGGUGAAGCCGGCGUGCCAUUCUACCAUGCUUCUGGCUCUGAGUUUGAUGAGAUAUUUGUUGGGACUGGAGCGAAGAGAAUCCGACAGCUGUUCUCUGCAGCCAAAAUGAGGGCUCCAUGUGUGAUAUUCCUGGAUGAAAUAGAUUCUGUUGGAGCCAGUCGCACCAACUCCCAGAUUCACCCGUACGCCAACCAGACCAUCAACCAGCUGCUGGCGGAGAUGGAUGGAUUUAACCAGAAUGAAGGUGUUAUUGUACUUGGAGCAACUAACAGGAGAAAUAACCUUGACAGUGCUCUGCUGCGUCCUGGUCGCUUUGAUGUGGAGGUGACUGUGUACCCUCCAAGUCUGAAGGGCAGAAAGGAGAUCCUGGAGUACUACAUCGGCAAGGUCAAGGCCGAUUCCAAGAUGGACUUUGACCUGCUGGCCCAGAAGACUGUGGGGUUCACGGGAGCAGAUCUCCAGAACAUGGUGAACCAGGCAGCCCUGCAGGCAGCACGGGAGGGUGCUGUCGCCAUCAACAUGGACCACAUGGACUACGCCAGGGACAAGGUUGUCAUGGGUCCUGCUAAGAAAUCUCUGGUUCAGGAUGAUACUGCCAAGUGGAAGACAGCGUUCCAUGAGGCCGGGCACACGCUGGUUGCUCACUUCACCAAGGAUGCACCUAUCCCGAACAAAGUCACAAUCCUCCCCCGAGGAAGUUCUCUAGGACAUACGGCGAUGUCGUACGAGAAGGAGCUGUUCAACAUGUCCCGGGCCCAGCUGCUGGCUCGGAUGGAUGUCUCUAUGGGAGGUCGGGCUGCGGAGGAGGUGAUCUAUGGCAUGGAUAAAGUGGAAACAGGUGCCAAGGAUGACUUCUCACAAGCCACAACAAUAGCAAGUGCAAUGGUCAAGGAAUAUGGAAUGUCAGAAAAGGUUGGCACCCGAGUGUUUAAGGACAACAACGUGGUAACUGAUGGAGUGUCAAAGAUGAACAACCUGAGUCCCGCUAUACAGGAGCAAAUUGAUGGGGAAAUUAAGAGACUACUACAGGAGUCGUAUGACCGAGCUAAACUGCUUCUACACAAACACCAAGCAGAGCAUAAGGCCCUGGCACAAGCUUUGAUAAAAUUAGAAACUCUGGACAAAGACCAAAUAAAAGCAGUCAUUGAAGGGAAACAAGUUGGCAACCAGUCAUGAUAAUGUGUUCUGUGGUGAUGGACAUGGAUUGUGUGAUAUGAUUGUCAGUGAGAGUUGUCUCCCUUGUCAGUUGUCAUGGCAGAGGCCUAAUGACCAAAAUCUUGACUCGGCAGGAACAAGAGACAACAUGACACAUUGAUAUUGUUUUGGAGAUGGUGUAAGCCAUUCCAUCUGUACAGUUCACUAUUUGUAAUUAUUGAACAACAUCAAAGAGCAUUAUGUCUCUCUUUCUACCAAACGAUUAUGUGAUUGGACUUGGAGUUUCAGAACCUUUUUUCCAUCCGAGCAUUUUUUUUGGUAAAUUUGUGUAUAAUUUUUUAUAGACUUCUUCUAAUGUAGAGAAAAAUGAAAUCAUCUGAAUAUCAGAAUAUCUUUCCCAGCUGUACUGUAUGUGGAGUACCCCUACUCCUUUUCAUUGGGUAUAUCAAGGUAUCGACUUUAGUUUAACAUUAUCCACACAGUCCAGAACGAAAUGUUGAACAUGUGCAUCAUUGCAUAAAUUACUAAGAAUUACUGAGUCAUGUUACUGGUGAUGGGGCAGAGGAUUUUUUCUUUUGAAGCAAAUUCACACUUUCUCUUUCAAAUGAGAUUUUAUGCGUGGGUUGCGUUUGUAUUGUCUUCUGUUUUUGUGUAACAUAAUGGACAUGCUGUAAACUCAGAAGUGAGGCUUUGUACCUUAUCCUUCACAUGGCUGGCUUGAUGGCAACAGCAACAGGCCAUUGUUGACGCAUACUGGCAGUGGACAAGUAGUUGUCGCUUUCUUUGAAAGACCAUCAGGCCAUUGUUGACAUUGGAUGUUUUGGACAAGGACAGUGUGAACAGCAUGACAUUGAGGUUUUAUGGGAGAAGUGGAUCAUGUGCAGUGAUGAUACAACUUCUAAAGGAAGAGAGGCCUAUUCAGCACCUUUCAAUGAUUCCUCCAUCUACUUGGAUAGAUGUGUGUAUAUUUACCCGGACAGAUGCACAGAGUGAGUGAGGGACUGACACAGGGGUGGGGGGACAUGUGACCACCAUGUGGAUAUAGCAACAAGUCAAGCUUAAAUGACUUGGUUUCUUAGACUGUUUACCUUUUCAGUAAACAUAGAAUGCGAUGAUUGGAAACAGGAUUGGCCCCAACUAGGAUAGCAGUCAAUCUACUUUAAAGCAUAUUGUUCCCCACAGGGACCCAAGCAACCCUUGCCAGUCAUGAGUCAACUUACACGACAGUCAGUCUGGGUGAUGGUUGGAUGUGUGACAUUGUAACCAAAUACAUGGAUUAUUACUCUCAAUAUCAAUCACUGUAUCCAGACUUGAUUACAUGCAGGUUGCCAUCAUACAUGGAAUAUUACUGAAUGCAGCUUUGAACAUAAACAAAGCAAGCUGUAUAUGCAGUUCAGACAACGAUGUACUGGGUGUUCUAUGGCAACAACACAUCACCCUCUAAUGGAUUUGAGUACUGAUUUGCAGGGUCCGUAGAAAAAAGACCCCAGAAAAGUCAUGGCAUUUCGGUUUGAGUUAUCAGGCAGGGAAUAGUCUUGGAAAUUAGAAAAUUGUUUCAGGUUUUUCAAAGACAUCCAUAUAAUUUACAUAUUUAGGUUUAUGGAAAGGUAUAUUUCUGGUGUUUUAUCCAUGAAAAGGAAAAUAAACAAUGAUCAGCCA